CUCUCUAUGGGGGUGUGCAGGGUUUUACUUAAAGCAUCAUUGCUGUUUUCAUCGCCCUGGCCCCCGGUUACGGCUGAUGUCUCCGCUCUAAAUGAAUGAAACCUUAAUCAUCUGAGGGUCUCCUCCUCCUCCUCCUCCUCCUCCUCCUUCUCCUCCUCCUCCUCAGCCUGUUAUUGUCCAUUGAGCCUGUCGUCAACCAGCUGGGCCGAGCUGGGGGGGAAUCCGGGUAAAGGGACCCGUGGUGCCGCGCACCGGCCGACGGACGCCCCGCCGCGUCGCGCCACCAACAUGCUCACCCGGGUCAAGUCCGCCGUGGCCGGAUUCAUGGGCGGAAUCAUGGCCGGGGGUAGCUCAGGCGGAGGGGGCAACCCUGGUUCCGACCUGCCGCUGAAAUUCCCAUAUAUGAGACCCGAGUUCCUUGGCCUGUCCCCGGAUGAGAUCGAGUGCUCCGCGGACCACAUAGCCCGGCCCAUUCUCAUCCUGAAGGAAACCAGGAGAUUACCCUGGGCCACGGGAUAUGCUGAGGUGAUUAAUGCUGGUAAGAGCGCUCUGAACGAGGACCAGGCAUGCUGCGAGGUAGUGGUGGCCAGGAGGAGGCCGAUGAGCUACUGCCCUCCCUCCACACCCAGCAAGACCCCCACCGCCAAGAGACGCAACUCAUUGCCCAACGGAGAGGGCCUCGGGCUCCGAAUGGAUCACAGCAAGCUGGGAGAGGACAGUGAAGGACUUGUGUUCCACUACUGGGCCUUGUUUGAUGGUCACGCUGGAUCAGGUGCAGCUGUUGUUGCCUCCCGCCUGCUGCAGCACCACAUCGCCUGCCAGCUUCAGGCCGUGAUCGAGAUCUUGCGCAACCUGGCCUCCCUACCUCCCACUGUGCUCGGGGAAGAGCCCGACAACAAUCCUUUCCUCCAGGGAAACACCCCAGGCCCUCACCGUGCCCUGACCCGGGCCGCUUCGCUGCGUGGGGCCGCAGGUGCGCCUGGUUCUCCGUGCAGCACCCCGCCGCCACCUCGCUUCUUCACAGAGAAAAAGAUCCAGCACGAGAGCCUGGUGAUAGGAGCCAUAGAGAACGCCUUCAAAGAGAUGGAUGCCCAGAUUGAGAGGGACAAGCAGCUGUAUAACAUCACAGGAGGAUGUACGGCUCUCACCGUGGUUUACCUGCUUGGAAAACUAUACGUUGGGAAUGCAGGUGACAGUAGGGCUAUCAUUAUUAGGAACAACGAGAUUGUUCCCAUGUCAACAGAGUUCACACCAGAAUCAGAGCGGCAGCGACUCCAGUUCCUGGGUUUCAUGCAGCCUCACCUGUUAGGAAAUGAGUUCACACACCUGGAAUUUCCCCGGAGAGUUCAGAGGAAGGAGGUGGGCAAGAGGAUGCUCUACCGAGACUUCACCAUGAACGGAUGGGCAUACAAGACGAUUGAAGAUGAAGAUCUCAAGUUUCCACUUAUAUACGGUGAAGGGAAAAAGGCUCGGGUGUUGGCCACCAUCGGUGUGACCCGAGGACUCGGUGACCACGACCUCAAAGUUCACGACUCCAACAUCUACAUCAAGCCGUUCCUUUCCUGCUGCCCUGAGGUGAGGGUGUAUAACCUGAUGCAUUAUGAGCAUGGAGCUGAUGAUGUUCUGGUGAUGGGAACAGACGGGCUGUGGGACGUCCUCUCCAACCAAGAAGUAGCUGAGGCAGUCACUACUUUUCUAGCCAACUGUGACCCUGAUGACCUUCACAGAUAUACGAUGGCAGCACAGGACCUGGUGAUGCGAGCCCGUGGCGUGCUGAGGGACAGAGGCUGGAGAAUCACCAAUGAGCGCCUGGGCUCUGGAGAUGACAUCUCAGUCUUCAUCAUACCCCUGAUGUACGGCAAUCGUCAGCCCUGAGGAGCGUGACAGAGAUGCUCCCGCCCGAGGGCCAUGAAGGGCCUGAAAGGUCUUAAACCCACUUGACUGGUUUGUCCUGAACUCAGAAUCCCAUUUUUUUGGUUUCCCCAGUGCCGUUUGCACAUGUAUUUUCUUCCUUAGACCAAGGUCAUGUGGAACAUGUAGAUUCAUUUGUGCUUCAUUUCUCUAUAGAAGUUCAGGAUUGGUCAGCCACCAAUCAAUUUUGUUAAUUUGAUUUUUGAAAAGUCAGAAAAACUCUUAGACACAUGGUGAAUUAAUUUGCAUCAUAAAUGAAAAUAAAUAAUUUGGCUUGUGAAAAGUGAUCAAGAAUUUCAGCGGGUGACAGCAGCAGCUCCAUAGGAGGGUGGAGGUGACUGUUCCUGAACUUCUGCAGAGAUGUGACAGCUAAAACAGGCGAAUGCUCUUCCAAAGUGAAGAACAGCCUUCUUUCUUUCUUUCCUUCUCCUUACGUCUAUUUCAGUGGUGUACAAUUUAGCCCUCCUCUCCCUCCCUUAUACUGUACAGUCAAACUUGUUUAUUAAAAAAAAAAAAAAAACAUACCUCCUUCAUCUUCUGACCUUGGACGGAGCUGACAGGUCAGCUGCGUUUUCUGUUUUGCCACAGUGUGGCUCUGAAGGAUUAUUUUGCUGAAGAACUUCUUCUAGUUUGCUGAACAGGUAACAGAGCUGACAGAAAAAAAAAGAUGAAGACUUUAGGUUAUCCACCUCAUAGUAGCAAGAAUGAUAAGGAACAUUAGGACAAGGACAAGUCAUUUAAUCUGAGUCCAAAAAUGUAAGUAACUUUCAGUAUCUGGAGUUUGGUUGCAUUCAUGUUGGUGAUUGGCAGCAUUGCAAUGUUGUUGUUUUAACUCAAUUCAGUGUCUCACGAGGAGACAGGGGUUAUUAAAAGAUUGGUUUAACAUUUGCACUAAUGCACUUAUUCCCUCUUUUGCCAAGAGUUAGAUAAGAUUAAUACCACUCUCAUGUCUGUACAUUAUAAGAGAGUGUUAUCUGUCUUCUAAUCUAACCCUCAGCACAUAAGCAAAUUGAUGUCUAAAUUGAACACUGGGAAAUUUGAAAUUUGUUGAAUGGAACUUUUCAAACAUAGCUAAAUUCCCUAAAAAGUGAAAGAUUCAACAUUUGAUUAAAUGACUUGCACAUCAGUGUAGUCGCACUUUAGGCUGACCCACAUUACUCACCCAGGGGCCAUGAUACAUGUAGUGAUGAAGAGGCAAAUAUUCCCUGCAGCAGGGAUGAAAAUAAAAAUCAUUAAGUACAAUCAAAGUAAAGCUGAACAAAAGUUUGAGAAAGUAAAAAAAAACCCCUGAAAUCUUCCUUUUGCUUUAACAUGUUUUGCAUGUUUCAUGAGCUUUAGAUGCUUGAUACGGAUCACGUUUGUCUUCAGAGGGACAGGUUUGGGUAUGAUGAUGUGUUUGGAUGUAGUGAUUUACUGUGUGUCAGUGCAUGCAGUGACAUAUUGUAGGGCCUGGGAAAUAUGAGCGACUGUGCAAUGGUUUACACUGCUGUUUGUUUUAUAUGGACUGAAUUUACAUUUCUGUAAUGUUUCAAAGAGUUAGUGAUAAUGUUAUUUGUUUGUAAAUGUGCAAUACCCAUACAUAUAUUUAUUAGGUUGUUUUUCCUAUUGAAUUAUGAGCAUCAUGGACAUUUGCUCUAAGAGCUAAAGGAUGCGAUUCAUCGUAAGGAAAGGGAAUGAAAUGAAACACAAAUCCUAAUGACCAGACAGGAAACACUUUUUUCAUCGUGUUGACUGGACUUCAGAAAGAAAAGCGACCAUCAAGAGUUCAGUUUGGUCUCGUAACAGUUGUUGCCUCAGAAUCUGAUGCAUAAAACCAAGCGUUCGUCCUUUUCCUCCAUUAAUGUUCUUUAUUCAUACGGGCUGCGCUGCUCAGUCAGCCACAAUGGGUAAAGAUACACGAGGUGAAAAGUGGUCUGGGGGAAGGAGAAACUUACACUGCAGAGGAUCAGUAAGAAAGUUUUCAGAAGUUUGAUACCAAGCUGAGAUUAAAAAAAAAGAAAAAGGAAAAAGAUAUGGACAGCAAAAAAUUAAACAGCAUGUUUUAAAUAAAUGUUACUGAAACAGUAAUCAGUGAUAGCUAACAUUUUAUGAUUUUUAUGGAAAUAUGUCUCCUUAUUUUAUAAAACAGGGAGCACAGGUGAUUGAAUCCAAAGAAGUUCAUUUGGAAAUUGUGCCGUGCCAGGAUGAGGAAGCCAUUGUUAAAGGAGUAGUUCCACAUUUUGGGAAAUACAUUUACUUAUGAUUAGACUGAAACCAGAUCUGUACGGUAAAUAUGAAGCUACAGAGCCGUGCUAAGUUAUGCUAACCAGCUGCCAGUAAUAGCUUAAGAUUUAAUGUGCAGAAACCAACUGCUCAGCCAAGUGGAUUAAGUGUUAUGUUCUCAAAAUGUUGAACUAUUAUUUUAAGUCUGUUGCAUAGGCUAUUUAUCAUCUUAGCUUGGACUUUUUUGCAGUUGACAAUUAUUCUCUACAUUCCUCUUACAAGCAGCAGCCAUUUACAUUUACCUGACGUUCGUAGGGUACAUUUUUUUCUCCUGUACAUUCCAUGAAAUAAUAUUUAAUUUGACAGUAUGUGCUGUUUUCCAUUAUAUAAGCUAUUUGGCAGUUACCUGUUUUUUUUUAACUUGUUCUCUAUUUAAUAAUUUAUUGAUUUUUUUUUUUUACUUUUCAAAAAGUCAUAACUGCCCUGCUGCCACCUAAGCUUUGUUUUAAUAUGCGCCCCAGUUCAACACAGUAAAUUCAAGUCACCAGACUUCUUCCAGCAUGGACUGAAUGUUUUGAACUGUGAGCAUAUUAAGACAAAGUAUAAAAUGGGGCACCAGAAUAUGUGUUGAAUGUUCAUCCUUACCCGUCGUCAAGCCUUUUCUAUUAGAUGAAUGUCAAAGAAUGAAUAUAUAAUUUAUUUUUCUCAUCCUAAUGUGCCACCCAACUGCUGCACAUCAACUCAGGUUCAACUAUCAUGUAGUUAAACUGGACAUGCUGUUAAAGCAGAGAUGUCCAAACUGUUCCACAAAGGGCCAUGUGGCUGCAGGUUUUUGUUCCAACCAAGCAGCAGCACACCAGACUUAAAUCAUUUAAUCAAUUGAUCUCUUUGUGGAACAGUUUGGACACCACUGCUGUUAGA